AUGGAGGGCGGCGGAGACUGCGGGGAGAGAGAAGUGGGGUCGUCGCGCGUGUGCAUUAACGUGGGCGGCACGUGCUACGAGACGACGGUGGAGACGGUGACGCAGCGCGACAGCGACUCCAUGCUGGCCGCCAUGUUCAGCGGCCGGCACACCCUGCACUACGACACCGCCAACAAGUCAUCCGUGUUCAUAGACCGGGACGGGAGGCACUUCUGCCACGUGCUCAACUGGCUGCGAGACGGUGCGGUGCCGCUGCUGGACGUGGCGCUCUUCCACGAGCUCAUGCGCGAGGCCGAGUACUUCCAACUCGGGGAGUUCCAUGCGCAGCUAGUGGCCACGCUCAAGGUGGAGGACGAUGACGCGCCCGAGCUCACACGCAAAGAGGUGAUCAUGGCCAUUCAGAGCAAGCGAGUGCGGCUACGAGGAGUCAACCUUAGCGGCAUCAACCUCUCCAAACUGGAUCUAUCAGGAGUGGACUUCAGCUUCUCGCGCCUAGUCGGCACAUUCUUCUCACGGGCCAACCUGCAGUGCGCACUAUUCCGCGAGGCGGUGGCGGACGGGUGCAACUUCCACAAUGCCACGCUCAAGGAGUGCGACUUUGAGAAGGCCACGCUGCGCGCCGCUGUGCUCUCUGCCGCCACUCUCGCCAGUGCCAACUUCCAAGAUGCGUGUUUAGUGGAUGCGAGUCUGUGUGGGGCAGACCUACGAUCAGCGCACUUGCAGAACGCAGAUCUGACAAAUGCAAACCUGUCUUCUGCUAAUUUGGAAGGCGCUAAUCUCAAAGGAGCCAAAUUGAAUGGGGCAAACCUAGAGGGGGCGAAUCUGCAGAGAGCAUACCUACGAGGGGUGGACUUGAGAGACACGAUGCUAGGAGGAGCGAACCUCUUUGGCGCAAACCUGCAAGGGGCCACUCGUGGAAACUAG